AUGAGCCUCAGAGUUUAAAAAGAAGAUGAAUCUUGUUUGGAGAAAAAAAUUAUCAAAACAGCAUGGAAUACUAAAGAAGAUAAUUUACUCAAAAAAGGAAUCAGAAUGUGUGGAACGAAUUGGAUAGCAAUAGCUUAAUAUUUACCUAACAGAAAUCCUAACUAAUGUGCACAAAGAUGGAAAAGACUUUAAGGACACAGGGUAUUUUUUUUAACUUAGAUAUUAGAGUAGAACAAAUUAAUUUUGGAAACCAGAGGAAGAUUAAUAAUUGUUAAAUCUUAUUUCAUAAUUCGGCAAGAAGUGGUCGAAAAUAGCUUAGAUUCUCAUAAAUAGAAACAGCAAAUAAUGUCGAAAUCGAUUCGUUAAUACACUUGAUCCAAAGUUAAAAUAGCAUAGCUUUACUCAACAAGAAGACUAAUUAAUCUAUGAAAAGUACAUAUAAUAUGGUUCUAAGUGGUCGUUUAUAUCGAAAUUUAUCGAGGGUAGAUCGGUACUAUAAUUAUUUAUUAAAGGAUAACUAAAUAAAGAACAGAUUCUAUAAUAACAUAAGGAGUUAGUACCUUCAGGUUUAAAACCCAUAUUAUUCAAAAUAAACAUUAUCUGAGCCUAAAGAGUUACUCGAAAAAGUAAGAGAAGAACAUUUAAGAAAUAAUGGAACUUUUUAAAAUUUAGAAAAAAUAAAAGAUCAGAAUGACCAUUAAACAAAGGGGGAAGAAUUAUUCAUGUAUGCCAAUGAAUAUAAUUACUCAAAUCCUGAUUAAGAAUUUUAUUCAGAUAUGGAUUUUGAAUUUUUGAGUCAAAGUCAUAAGAACAUAUUCUGA